AAAUUCAGGAUUCUUAAUAUCAACCAAGAUCUGAAACCAGACAUUACUCCGGUGAGUAAGAUUUGGAUUGAGUCUCCUAGUGGCGUCCGGAUGCAGCAAUGGCGGAAACAGGAGAGUACCGAUGGUCUGAUUGACCUUGAGAUGCCAAUGACGACCGACCCUGUACCUGGUACCUGGUCUAUCGUCGCUAUACACAAGGGAAGGAAGACAACAAGGACCUUUGAAGUUGAUGAAUAUGUGCUUCCCAAGUUUGAGGUGAUAAUUACUCCUCCCACCUAUGUGAUGAUCAAUGCUACAUCCACGAGGGUCAAGGUUUGUGGAAGAUACACAUAUGGUCAGCCUGUGAGAGGAUCAUUUGAAGCAAGGAUUACCGUCAAGAGCACUGGAUGGAACUUUAGAGAAAGGAGGACCAUCACAAGGCGAGAAGAUGACACCGGGCCUUCUGGAUGCAGCGAAUUCCCAAUAGAUUUAGGAAGACUGGAACUCAACUCAACCGACUUCUCACUGUGGAAUGCGAGGCUCAGUGUGGAUGUGGACUACACAGAAACAUCAACAGGUGUGGUGCUUCAAGCAAACAGCGAGAGCGCUCAGAUCACCAGAGACGCCCUCAAGCUCCAGUUUGACUCGCCAAACAUCUUCAAGCCUGGUGUGCCUUACUAUGGAAAGAUAUUUGUAACACACCCUGAUGGAAGCCCUGCUGCUGGGAAGCUGAUCAGUCUGAGCUGUAACACGGACCAAGGGCAGAUCUUUGAUAAGAAUCUAACAUCACCAGAGAAUGGAGCCAUAGAGUUCACUGUUACUGAUAUCAACAUCACAUCAACCAGUCUCAAUCUUUAUGCCCAUGCUCCGGGCUUCAACAUCCCUCCUCCGGAGACCUACGGCAGGCAGCACGUCUACACCCUACACGACCCGGCCACCUCCCACUAUGCUCGGCCACAGUUCUCCCCCAGUGGUAGCUUCCUCCAGAUAGCCCCCAUCAGGGGCGUGGCUGCUGUCGGGUCGGAACAGACCCUCAGGAUCGACUUCACUGCCAACGAUCCAGAGGAAAACCCACGCUUCAAGUUUGUGGUAAUGUCUAGAGGUAACAUCAUCGCCACCAGGUUCUAUCGGGCCCACAAGAGACCCAAGCGUCAGGCGGAGGGGGGUAGCGCCGGCUCCGAUGUACCGUCUAUGAGUGUACCGGAUGGUUCCGUCGAUGGUUCCGAAGAUGGUUCCGUUGACGGUAUCCCCUCUGUCAUGCCGUCAGUGGGUGAAAUGCCUUCUGAUGUGGGCUCUCUGGAUAUACCAUCCUUCAUUCCAUCAGUACUUGGAGGAUCAUCCUUCUCAUCGGACUUCAGCUUCGUGCCUCCAACGGAUGCUCCAGUCAUCAUUGUACAACCAGGGGAGGUCUACUCCAGGGAACUCUUCUUCAGGGUGACCACUGACAUGGUCCCAGAGACCAGGAUCCUGGCCUACUACAUCCGAACCGAUGGCGAGGUGGUGGCCGACAGCGUUGCGUUUAGAGUACAGAAGAAAUUUGAAAAUGAGGUGGAUAUAGCAUUCAGUGACGAAGAAAUGAUGCCCGGGGCCGAGACGCAGAUUAUGAUCCACGCCAAACCAGGCUCGCUCUGUGCAGUGGGUGUGGUCGAUAGGAGUGUCCAUAUUCUGGGUGGUGAUAAUCAGCUCAAGGCAGACAAGAUCUUUGCAUCACUGAAUAAGUACCAGCUCACUUCUUCUGGUGGUUACAUCGAUGCCAGCACCCACUGUGUGCCAGAGGAAGACGAGUACCCUCAGUUCUUCCCUCUGGGUCGGAAGAAACGUGGCAUCUUCCUACCAGGAUACGGCUCCAAGUAUCAGGACUCCUCAAGGGCAUUCAAGGACAUGGGAUUAUUGUUCAUCACCAAUAUGGAUGUGGAGACCAGUCCUUGCGUCGGUGUAGGUUCAGUCGCCAGAGGGUCAGCUGAAGUUGACAACGCUGCUGAGGGCCCAAUUGCAGUUCCACUGCUGAACAAAGACAAUGCUGUCUUUGAUGAUGGUGAUACCUUGGAAACACCAGAGUUACCUAAUGAUGUCCUUGAGACAGCUCCAAGGAUCAGGUCAUACUUUCCAGAAACAUGGUUGUGGGACCUUAGGAGAACCGACACUGUCACUGGUGAAACUUCAAUAUCUAUGGAGGUACCAGAUACCGUCACUGAGUGGAUCGGUAGCGGCUUCUGCACCUCUGUGGAGUACGGAGUGGGCGUGUCGCCCCCCACCAAGCUUCGAGCAUUCCAGCCUUUCUUCCUCUCCUAUACCCUACCUUACUCUGUUGUGAGGGGAGAGGUUGUUCCUGUCACGGUCACUGUCUUCAACUACCUUACAGAGAGUCUUGUGGUUGAGGUUUCCUUAGAACUGAACGAAGGGUUCCGGAUGGCAAGGAAGAGUCGCCCAAGAAAGAAGGUGUGUGUUGGUGGUUCGCAAUCCCAGUCGGUUGAGUUCCGUAUUCAACCAAGGAAACUAGGAAACAUUGCUCUACAAGCUCUUGGACUCUCAAUCAAUGACCAGGAUGCACUAUGUGGUAACGAGCUGGUCAGCAGCAGUGUAGGAGCCAGAGACAGCAUCUACAAAGAACUUCUUGUGGAGGCAGAAGGGACAGAGGUAGAUACUACUCAGAACUGUUACUUUUGCCCAGAAGAAGUAUCUGAAGGGGAAUAUGAGAAGGUGUUUAAUGUAACCCUACCUGAAAGCAUUGUAGAAGGAUCAGCACGUGGCAAGGUCUCCAUCACAGGUGAUCUGAUGGGUCCGAGUCUUUCAAACCUUGACCAUCUGAUUCGUCUUCCUACUGGCUGCGGAGAACAGAACAUGCUGGGAUUUGUACCGAACAUCGUUGCCUUAAGCUACCUCACAACAACGGAUCAACUGACGCCCUCUGUCGAAAAUAAAGCAAAAUUUAAUAUGAAGCGUGGAUAUCAACGUGAGCUGAACUACCGCCAUCGCGAUGGCUCGUAUUCAGCGUUCGGUGAAAAUGACCCUGAAGGAAGCACGUGGCUGACUGCGUUUGUCGUUCGUUCCUUUGCCCAGGCCUCUGACUAUAUCUUCAUUGAUAACGACGAUCUGAAAGUCAGCAUCUCCUGGUUGAAGAGUUUACAGAACCGUGAGACGGGGUGCUUUGAGUCACUCGGGAAACUGUGCCAUAAAGACAUGAAGGGUGGUGUAAACACUGAGAGAACCCUGACUUCCUAUGUCCUCAUCACUCUCCUAGAGGCUGGUCUCAACAUACAGAGUCAGGUUAUAAGUGCUGCUCUGAAGUGUGUGACCAAGGAUCUAGCAGAGGUUGAGGACACCUACACCUUAGCUCAGCUCGCCUAUGCCUUGACACUAGCAGAAAAUCCUCUGGCUCAAGAUGUAAUGGAUAAACUGGAAACUAAAGCAGUUGAUGAAGAUGGUCUAAAGUACUGGCAGACGAACCGUGCCAAGCCCAACAGGACCCUCGACCCCUACGCUUACCAAGCUCCUAGUACAGAUAUUGAGAUGACAUCGUAUAUUCUCCUUGCUCUGAUUGGUAGGACUGUUGACAUCACCCAGGCUCUUAGGGAGGGAAACCCUAUCGCAAGGUGGAUUAUCCUCCAGAGGAACAGUAACGGCGGUUUCUCCUCAACUCAGGAUACAGUUGUAGCCCUCCAGGCCUUAUCAGAGUUUGCCAAGGUUGCCUACAGCGAAGGCACCAGUAUCAAAGCCUUUGUAGAAAUCAUGCCAUUAGAUGGGGAAGCCGGAGAGGUGUUCCCCUUCACCAUUACAACCUUCAACAGGCUGGUUCUAGAAGAAGAGGUACUUCCAGUUCUCCCUGCCCAGCUUACGCUGUUUGCUUCAGGUGCUGGCUGUGCACUUAUGCAGAUUUCCACAACUCACAAUGAGAUACCAGAAAGUCCUGAAGAUGCUGGCUUUGAGUUAGAUGUUCUGCUACUGGAAUCGUAUGAAUCCACCAAGAACAAAAGAUGUACUGACUACUACAUGAAAGUUUGUGCAAGGUAUACAGGCAGUGAUGAGGAAUCUAACAUGGCCAUUAUUGAAGUCAAAAUGAUUUCUGGAUUUUAUCCUGACAAAGAUUCACUGAGAUUGCUCCAAAAGCAGCACAAGCCUCUUCAACGAUAUGAUAUCGAUAACAAAAAUAUUUAUUUCUACUUCAAUGAGCUGACUAAUGAGGAUACGUGUUUAGUAUUCUCCAUCAUCAAGGAGAUAGAUGUUGAAGAUGCCAAACCAGGGGUAGUACAAGUCUUUGAUUACUACGACAAGGAGAUCAAUGUCAAGCAGCUCUAUGACAUCACCUGCGAGGAAGCUCCACCUUCUUGGGACCCGUCUCUCCUCUACACCAUCCCCGUCAAGCCGUCCGAUGGCGAGUCCAACGGAAACGACGGUGACAUGCGACCCUUACCCUUUGUCCUGGCGGCCCUGAGGAGGAUGGAUGGACUGGUGUUCGUUGAGGAGCCAGAGGUGGUGUCAGAGGGCAUAGGUGGGGGCGGUGGUGCUGGUGGUAGUGAUGGUAGUGAUGUCGAUCCUGGAGUGGUCAAUGAGCCUGAUAACGUGAUUGAUCCCAUGGAUGUGGCUCGUGAGCUGGGACCUCCUGAUGUGUUUAUCCUGUGCCCUUCCGGUCAAAAGUUUGUAGACGGACUGAUGAGAUGCAUUCCAAUCAAUGGCUGUGAAAGUAGCCCUUGUUUAGAAGGCCAGAACUGUAUAGAUACUGAUGCAGGUUACCUCUGUGUGGGCUGCAAACCAGGCUUUAGGAAGGGAUCGGCAAAUCAGUGUGUCCGUAUACCUGAUCCAGGUUUAAAUCAAAUCCUCUGCGGACCUGGACAGGAAUAUGUCAACGGAGGUUGCAUCACGAUUGACCAAUGUGUUGAUAACCCCUGUCCUUUUGAUGCAAGGUGCAGGAGCACUGUCUUUGGCCACACCUGCGAACCUGUGAUCUGCCCUCCAGGAAGAAGACUGACUGAGGAUCUCCAGUGUGUUGAUAUUGAUGAAUGUCUUCAAGAUCCUUGUGACGUUGGUGAGGUGUGCAUCAAUAGAAUCUUGGGCUAUGACUGUAUCUGUGCUGAGGGAUAUGAAAGGAACAGUAAUAACACUUGUGUUGAUAUCAAUGAAUGCGAAAGAGAGAUCGAGCCUUGCGGUGGACCAGAGUAUAUCUGCAUGAAUGAUAAAGGCUCUUAUCAGUGCUUCUGUGUUGAAGGGUAUGUUAUGGACCAGGAGGGCUACUGUGUUGAAGGUAAGACUGAAUUUAAUUUAAUGAAUUUAUCUUCAUGAAUAUGAUGGUGAUGAUGGUGAUGAUGAGGAGGAGGAGGAUGACGAUGAUGGUGAAUGAAGGUGAUGAUGAUGAGAUGAUGAUGAUGAUGAUGACGAUGAUGACGGUGAAUGAAGGUGAUGAUGGGUGGUGAUGAUGAUUACUUGUAGAACAAUAGCUUAAUCAAAACUAUUUUUUGUGUGAAAAAAUUUUAAUUCGUUUUCAUAUUUGUUUAAGUUUUUUUAUUUUUGUUUUGACUAUUUGCAAUUGUGAUUGUGAAUACUCUUGUACCUGGGCUUUCCUAAAAGAAAAAUUUUAUGCACCAUCUUCAUGCUUUCAUGAUGAUAUAUAUACAUGUAUGCGAAUGUUCUGCAAUCAAGAUGGAUGGUGAUACUCUGUGUGGUUGAUGGUUUUAUUUCUGGUAGUCAAGUUGAUGCGUUUGAUAGGGAGGAGGGGGAGGAAGACAUUUAUGAUGAUGAUGAUAGUGAUGAUGAUGGUGGUGGUGGUGAUGAUGAUGAUGAUGAUGAUGAUGAUAAUGAUGAUGCAGCUGAUGAUGAU